CGGGCGAGGCCAUGUCGAGCCGCUGUAACGGCAACGGCCGGGUGGUGGACGACCCGGCGGCCAACACCCGGAUCAGGAGCAAGGCGUUCAUCACGCACAACGACAGCAAGAGGAGCAGCAAGGAGAGCCUCAGCUCCCACAAGUCGAGUCGGAGCAGCGGGGCGCGCAGCCGAGCCAGCAGCGUGGAGCAGCUGCAGCUGGAGGCGGUCAUGAGCGAGCUGGACCGCGGCCCGCACCGCGAGAUGGCCGUCGACGUGCCCGAGUCGUUCGUGGCGCGCACCAAGACGCCGCCGCGCUACCCGCCGCCGCGCGCGCCCGGCACCGGCACGGCGCCGCGGCCCGGCUCCGGCUCCGGCUCCGGCUCGGGCGCGGCUCCGCGGCCGGAGCCGCCGGCGCCGGCUCCGCGGCCCAGUCUGGACCGGAGCCGCGGGAGCAGCACGGCCAGCCGUGACUCGGAGCCCGGCCGGGAGCAGAUGGAGCGCAUCAGGAAGUACCAG